ACAGCUGGCCGGCGACCCGAAAGUCGCGAGUGCAGCGCUCGACCUGGUCCCUGACGUCUUCUCGGUGCGGGUGAGGCUGGAGGAGACCGGGGAGAUGUUCCGGGUGGCGAACUGCCGCGGCAACAUGACCGUUCGAGAGCUCAAAGAGGACCUGGACCUGAUGGUCGGCAUCCCCUUCGACCUCCAGCGGCUCCAGUACUUGGACCAAGGUUCUGCGGCUCGACCCAUUCCCACCUUAGAAGCCUCCCUCGGACCACUUCGGCCCUGAGUCCCAAAGUCCUACCUAUCGGAGGACCCCAGAUGUCAAAGCAAACCCCAGGUGGAGGCGCCAUCUGGGGUGUGGCUACAUAGGGACUUCCGGAGCCCCAACUCGCUGGGUUAGCAUUAGACCCCGAAUCUCAAAACAAGCCUGGUCCAGGGCAGGACACCGGUCCACAGACAGAUUCUUUCUGUGCUAGGCGACAUCUACCAACCUUGCACAAAUCUUGUUCAUACUAGAACCCAGAUCUCAAAGCUACAGUAGGACACCCCACCUGGUCUUCAGUUCCCCAUCCCUUCAUAAAGGACUCAAAUCCCUGAAACAGCCAGGUUUACAUAAGAUGUAAACUUGAAGCAAAAUCUGUUCUCAGUAGGACCCUGACACCCAGCGCAAACCUGCCCCAGAGCCCCAGCAGCCACACUUCACAGCCCUCUGUGCACAUUCAUGACGGUUUCUGUGUAUAAAUUCCUCCAGGCGGUCAGGCUCCAACUGGCCAUGCUGCACUUGUGAACAUCAGAAACCCAGUUUCUUUGGCCAUCUGUGCCCAUACAAGGAUGCCACAACUCCCUAAAACCUGGACCCCAAAACCUGGAAUAAGCCUGCCCAAGACAAGCCCAUAUCCACAGGCUAACCACUUGACCAUCAGAACCCAGAGAUCUCCACAUGCAAGUCCAUAUGUGGAGGCCAAAGCCCGAAGCACAUCCCGUCACCUCAAGGCCCCUUGAUCUCCACACACUCUGCCAUGUCUGACCCUCAAGCUCCAAGCUGUCCCUGAGCACAGCAGAACCCUGAACCCCAGGGCAGACUCCUCUCACAUCGCAACCCUAAGUCCAGAGCAGGUGUGUAUUCGGAGCCCCGACCUCCCUCUCACCAUCUGUGCUUCAGACCCCAGUCUGUCAGCCAAAGCCCAGGAUGAACCCUGCCCACAUCUGGACCUACAAAUCCAAAGCCGAACCUGUCCACAUCUGAAAGCUAGUCCCGAGUUCACCAUGACCGUACCAGAACCUCAAAACUCAAGUCAAACCUGCCCAUAUCUGAGCUCCUGAUCUCCGCAGAAACCAGUCUACAUGUGCACUCCAAGACAAAGCCAAUCAUGUCCGUGAAGAAAGUCAGGGUUCAAAACAAAGAUUUUGCCCACGUCAGGACCCUGGAACUCAGAGCAAACUUUGUAUUUGGAACUCAAAUCUUUUUAGCCAGAAUCUACCCAUACCAGAAUCUGAAAUUCUAGACCAAACCCUGCCCAUAUUAGGACCCCCAAAUCCUGGAGCAGAUUCUGUGACCAUGAAGACCCCACAUCUCGGCAGACUUGCCUGAUCCCUGACCCCCAUGGCUGUGCUACCCAGGGCUAUAUAAGAACUCUGAGUCCAAAACCAAGUUCUGGCCAUACAAGGACUCCAAAUCAAACCAGGACCUCCAAACAAGCAGCAAACCUUGCUGUCAUCAGAACCCAAGUCCAGAGUGACUUCUGUCCUCAUGAAGACCCUGGCCCACAUUUGAAUCUUCAGCGUUGGCCCAAACCCAGUUUAUAUCAGAACCCAGAAUUCUAAGCUGUGCCCUUGCUCAGGAUCUCGGAGCUGCCCCAGCUGGAGUUGGAACCCAGGAGCUGUAGCUGCAUCACUAAGCCAGGACCCCUAGUCCCCUAUCCAGAUAGAUCUCACAUGGGUGGUACCUGGGGAGGCCAAGGGCCCUAGCACCCUCUUCUCCCUCAUUCUCCUUCCCUCACCCUGAAGAUGUAGCUUCCCUGUCCCAGUUGGCUGUGACAUUUACGUUAUGAGAACAGGAUCAAAGCCCCGGGCUCCACCAUCUGGUUGAAAUCAGUGCAAAAGAAAAUAAAGAGAUACAAAAAUCUCUGCACUGCUGCACGGAGCAGCCAGUCUUGCAGAGGGACUGCGGUUGGAUUGCGGGGCCAUGCAGCAGCCCAUCUGCACCAGCUCUGGGGCACUGUCCUUCCUGGGCUCCAUUUCCUAUCCAUAGAGCAGAGCCCCAUCACCUCGAGAAGCCUCCUGGUCACUCCCUCUGUGGACAAAAAUGACUCAGGAAACUCCAGAGUGCAGCUGGCCGUGCUACCACCAAGAUAAACGAGGUACAACUGCCCUUUCUCCUCAAAAUGUCCCUGGGAGAAUUCUCUUCUGAAGUCCCCCCAGAGUCUGGAUGCGUGGCGUGCGUGGAGCUCAGCCUGCUCUUUCAAGAACGAGAUGCCAUGCUGGGUAAUGGCAGGCGCCUCUGGCCCUCACAUCCGGGAGUGGAAAAUGUCAACCUUGGCUUCUUACAUACCCGCGAGUCUGCUUUGGGACCGUCUUGGCCUCCACGUUGCCAUUGGCAACGUCUGGAGCCAUGUUGACUGUAAGAACUGGAUGGAGAUUUAAUGGACAACACCACCCUGAAGUUUCAUGACGUCCUGCCUGGGAGUACUCUUUCCCUGCGUAUUUGGCACUACGAUGGUUGGACAGAUCUGGUUGUGGCAGCAGUGGAAGGAGACCCCAGUAAGCUGUCCUGUCUCGGGAUCACUGAGGAUUCUUUCUACCGAACUGAGACUUCCAGACAUCUUGAGGGUGACAAGUGGAGGCAGUGGACAUCUCAGAGGGCCUUUGUGGCCCUGUACAUCACCUCCCACAGAGGCCAUUCUGACGCUGUGCGGUACCUUCUAGAACAUGGAGCCAGCUGCGCCCGCAGGUCCCCGGUGGGCAGGACGGCCCUGCACGUGGCCGCAGCCAUGGGCUGCCUGGACUGCACCACACUCCUGGUGGAGCAUGGGGCCUCCAUCCACGACAGGGACGCCCACGGGGAGACCCCCAUCGCUGUGGCCCGCCGCCUGCAGCACAGGCAGACUGAGCAGCGCCUGUUCCUCCUGUACUGGAUCACCAAGGUGGGGGCCAAGGGCCCCAGUGAACUGACCGCGAGGAGGCUUUUCCCACGGGCAGUUCUGGGUCGGGGACCGCGGGGACCUGGAAACAGCUACCCCUGAAAGUCUGCCCGCCUCGGCCCCACAGGGGCCCUGCUGCUCUCAGAGCAGAAAAACACAGCUCCUCUGACUCAGACACAUGUGCUCUCCUGCUCGUCAUCGGCUCAGGGCGAUGUCGGUGAAAGAGGUGUUUGUGCUCAUUUAGUAAUUUGUUACCGGACCUCAGCCUGCCUUUAAUUCUAAGCCAUUUGUACAUUGUGUCCAGUCACACUCUUUGGGGUAAUGGGAAGCCAGUUACCUACCCUCCCUCCUGUCUAAUGCACCAGCACGAGGAGAGUAAUAACAAUAAUGGUAAUAGCGCU